GCUCAAGUGAAAGAAAGUAGUUUCAUACCUCCAGCCGCAUAAUGUGGCGCAGAAGUUAAAAUUGAUUUACAACAGCACAAUCUGUUGGGCGAUUCUGUGCUGUGGCACAGCAGAUAAAGUCGUGCUGGUGUGUUCGUGGUCGUAGUCGUGGUGAUUCAGAACGACAGAUAUGUCCUCGCAGGAGAUGACUAGAUGACACUGUCGGCGGACGCUAGUACACCUUUGCCACUGCGAUUGGAAACCGUUACAACAAUUGGAAAGUGCACUGACAGUUUUUUUUUCUUGCAGCUCCGGCUGCAUUGUGCUGCUAGUUGUAGUAAACCCAUCACGACCUGGUGCAUUUUCAGUUGUGUUAUCUUCAUCGUGCCUCCUGCUCUGCACUCUUGCUUUUGACACCGCGGCUCGGUGCAGCUAGUAGUGCUAAUGUUGUGACCUUGCCGUAGUUUUCCUCAGCAUUUUUGCCUCGUCGGUUUUAGAAGAAAUCUCCUUGAGUAGACCAAGAACACUAGAACACGAGAAUGACUCUUCGAUCUCAAAUAAAGUGCGGCUGGUGCGACAACCUGGUUGUUCCGACCUUCACAGCAAACCUGGGUGAUGCAGACCAACAUAAGAACUCCUCCUCAUCUGCAAGUGGUACUACGCCGCGGCCCCCGCCGGCUUCAAACUACAGCCAGGACCGGGAGUGGACUGCAGGUGGUCACGAAAGAGUACACAGUGAUCACCGUCGUGAUCAACAGCAGCGGGCCGGUGAGCAGCUCUACUGCGACUCUUGUUGGACGUGGUGGCGGGAGAAAAAGCGACGACAGCAGGCGGCGGUCCCGCAGCUGCGCCUCACUGUGUUGCACGACCGGACAUUUCUUAGCUCGCAGAAUCACCAAAAGCUCGUGCAGCAGAGGACCCCUAUCGCUGACGGGGAAAUCCUCUACCUUCCCGGGUAUUUUGAUAGAAAAACGAGCGAAAAAGCGUGGGCAAUGUUGCUGGAAGCAGCUGCAACGACGCGGCACCGUGGCGUCGAAAAAAAUGAAAAAUUUAUACCUCCUCGUUCAGAAUCAGACGACACCAGUGCUGCUAAGUCUGUGGUUACUACGGCCUGCUCUAAACCGUGUCCCCCGUGUUCUAGUGCGAGGACCACGCAGAAGUGCUUGUGUGAAAAAAACGCGGGAACAAGAACACAGAACUGCGAAGACGAAGACCAGGCGGGACACGCAGUUCUCGAGUGGAGCCAGCACCACGCUUUAGAUUUGGCGAAAUUCAGGUCUUCUGACGGCCACCAGCAGCAGUGUAGUUCGCAAGAAACCCAAAUAUCUUCAAACGCUUUCCACGCCUUUUUGUCCCAAGUUUUGAAAGACUGGGAAGAGCAAUUCGAUGUCACGGUGCGGAUAUCAAGUGCAAAAAUGUCUGGGUCUGGAAGGAUGCAUGUUUGUCAUGCACAUUUUGCGUGACUCUGACUCCUGACGUCUGCGAUGCAUGCCCUAGCAUCACAGAUAUUGUGAGGGCGUUCUGAUGCCUAUACCGCAUGAGAAAUGCCCUCUGGCCGUGGGCAAAACCAAGCCUCUUUUGCUGUUCAUGCAAUACAGAUUUUUGGAUAAUGCAGACGAAGCAUCACAAGUUCCAAUCUUCCAGACCCAGACACUUUUACAUUUGAUAGCGGAAAGAGCGGGUAAAUUUGUACACGGAGAGUGAGUAUCCUAUGCAAGAAAUGUGUGCAAAAAUAGAAGUGGACCAACUUGUGUUGCUUGUGUUGAAUUUUUCCAGGAGAUGAACUAGAGUUUGUGUUGCUUGACCGGCAACAAGAAAAUCCUAUAGCGAAACUUUCUCUUUGUCAUUCGCAGACGGGGUUCGCAACGCGCACUGAAGAUUUAUAAUUGUAAGAGGAGCAUGCACCAGGGGAGAAUCUUGAAAACAAAAUGCCAUGCUCGGAUGUUGCACAAGGUGAAGAUCGUGUCUAUCCACGACGUCGAUUUAGCAACACAAAUUCUACUUCCGAGACCCACAGCUUGGAUUUACCCGUGGAUACUGACUGGAAGCCGUUUCACCAGGACAGCCACGGGUGGCACACGGAGAAAGUAGUACGGCAGGUGCCACCAGCCCGUAGCAGCACAAGUAGAGGUCAAGACGACGAUGAUGUCCAGGAGAGCGCAAGAAUAUCAGCCGAGCCCGGCAGUGAACAUGGAUACCAUGUGGCACAGAGCGAGGACCACGACGACAUAUAUUCUUCCUACUACGACGACGUCACGAUUGCCGCGAGCUUUGGAAUCAGACCGCGGGAUUUGGCGUUUCGGCCGAUUAUUUCUCCUGCCAGUUGUAGAAGGGGAGAGCACGAGCAGCAUUGGAGGCACAGCUGGCGUGGAGGCAACCAACAGCACCAGGACGACUUGUUCCACUUAAGUCUCCAACAGAACGCGGGCGACGUGCUGAUUUUCGAUUCCAAAGUGAACGACGUUUUUGAACACGGCGUGCCGGAAGUAGUGCUAGAAGGCGAGCGAAAUGUCGUGGGCCACGCCGAGCACACGGAAGCCAAACUUCUUCCCACUCCUUCAGCUGCCGACGACGAAGUAGAUGCGGAUGCCUGCGAAGGGGGAGAGGGGGGAGAAGCGACGAAGACGAUUUGGGGUGCUGAUGUACGUUUGCAGAAGGUGUUCGCGGAUGAAAUAAAACCGAGGGCGGGAACUGCGCUGCAUUUUACGCGUGCGAGCAUUAUCGCCUGGUGCUCGCGGAACGAGAAUUAUUUAGAUCCGAGAAGACAAGACUGCAGAUAUUUGAGUCGUUGAAGAUGGGGCUACAACUAAAAUCAUAGCAGUGAUGGCAGAUGAGGCGGAGGCCUAGGGCAAGCAGUUGUCCUGCACCUGCUCUUAUUGUCACUGCCUCUCUCUAAUCUAAAUCUUUCACCUCUUUGAAUAAUUCAUCUCGGACCUGCUACAACAAUUCAUGCCCCUCACGAUGUUGUAGAAAGAAUCUGAAUUAUCGUUCGCGAAGUACACGACCCUAUCAUGCCAUGUAGAUGCAUGAGGAAAACUUUUCCUCAUGCAUCCGAAAAG